UAUUGAGCUUGAGCUAAUUGAAAUAUAAAGCAAUUUCACGAGACACAGAACGGGAGUUUGUCACAAGAGCUGCGCAGUCGGAAGGGUUAAGCGUAGGAAUAGCCUGUAAUUCUCUCAUUCUUUUCUUUCUUACUACAGCCUUUCCCGGCCCUAUAAUCAUGACAACAUCAAAGCGUCUUGCAGUUAGGAAGGUGGACAGAUUUGAGAAGAACAUCACCAAGAGAGGCGCUGUGCCUGAAACCUCCACUAAAAAGGCCAAGGAUUAUCCCGUUGGUCCUGUUCUGCUAGGGUUCUUCGUAUUUGUCGUCAUCGGAUCAUCUCUUUUCCAGAUCAUCAGGACUGCAACAAGUGGAGGGAUGGCAUAAACCAAUAGCAGCAAAUGGUCAUACAUGAUACCUUUACAAGACCUGUCUCUGUGUCGUCAACUACUUGAAUUUUAAAUAAAAUAUGAAGGAACUUCUUUAAUCCA